AUGGCAAAUAAGCUUCAAAGAAGAGCUGCAUUUCAUAGAAAGCUUCAACUGAUGCGAACUCUCACCAACUCUAAAUCCGUUAAAGGAAACUCCAGCAUCUUAAAUGUUCUUCUCCAUUUUCACAAGGUUAGAGUCAAGUUGGAAGAAAUACAAAGAGAUUACCGAAACCUUAUAGCUAUCAGGAACGAAUACUUCACUCUAUUGAACCAAUUACAAAUCCCAAAGGAAGUGAAGGUGGAGAAGAAUGGAAAAGAGUUUGUAGUUAAAGUGGGAUGCAACAAAGGAGGGGAUACGUUAGUGUCAAUUGUGGAGGCGUUUGAAGAACUGGGUCUUAAUGUUGUUCAAGCAAGAGUUUGUUGCAAUCAUUUCUUUUCCAUGGAAGCCAUUGUUGUGGAUCAACACCAAGAAACUACAGAAAUCAAAGAUAUUACUCAAGCUGUUCUUAAAGCCAUCGAAAAGCAAGGAAAUGUCAUUGUUUAG